ACGCGCAACCACGAGCAACCACGAGCAACCACGCGCAGGUGCACGACCUCCACGCUUACGUGCCGGCAUAGUUUCGAACGCUCUCGAACGCGCCGCACGGACGUCCUCUUCAAGGCUCCUGAUUUCAACAGCUGUUCGACCUCUGACCAUGGCACCAGUGCGAAGGCGUAGACCCGGGUUCAACGCCUACCUUGUCCAGGAGAGAGCUCUGCGAAAGCAGAGACGUCGCAUGCUCAGGGAGAGGGCACAAGCGCUGAGGGUGUGCUCGGCGCUGAUGGACAGGGCUGAGAGGCAGAAGUCGAAAACCAAGAGCUUCUGUGACGAUGUUAAGGCCGACGCAGAUCGCCUGCGUGAGGUGUGCCAGACACUGAUGGGACUGGUGGAUCGCAACGACGAAACGUGGAAGGACUUCUUCGACAGGGCAGAAGAGGCUGGUGCCAAGAUGGAGCGUAUGUGCGCCUCUCUCGUGAACAUCGCGGAGACCAACGAGAACAUGGUCGUGCAGUUCGUGCAAGACGUGCAGGCCCGUCCUUCCCAUCGUCAAGCGCCGCAAGUACCGGAGGUUCCACCGCGCGAUUCUCCCGCGCUUCCAUGAAUUGGUCUCUCUACCGUUGAGAGGUGCUCGCCGGGGCAUCUGGAGUGUUGAGUCGCCAGACAUUCAAUAAAGUUUUGUUUGUUCUCUUUCCAAA